GCCUAAUGGUGAUCUUGCCUUCCAUCGAACUUUACAUGGGUUGUACCGAUGCCGAACAGAACGUAGACGCUCUCAUGUUAAUUUGUUGUGGAAUACUUGGUAUGCUGAAAACAGUAUGGUUUCGUAUUUACGCGAGGAAUUUGACUCACAAUUAUGACUCCGCUCUGAACGAUUAUCUGAUGAUUGAAAACGCAAAACAGCGGGCUAUCAUGCGCAAACAUGCUUCUACGGGAAGAAUUCUUUGCUGUUCCAUGCUGUGUUUCUCUUAUUUUAGUUGUAUAAUAUAUGCGCUAAUCCCUCUCUUUGGUGGUGAUAUUAGUAAGCAGAUAAAUGUAACAAACGAGAUCGUAUUGGAGUAUACCGUUCCGUCGAGAUGUGCUUUGGAAUAUUUUAAUACUCCAACGAGCAUGCAUAAAAUCUUCUGUCUCAUCGAAGCUAUCUCCCUUAUUUUAACAAGUACUACUAAUCACGGUAAUGAUUCUAUGUUUCUCAAUAUUACACUGCAUGUUUGUGGUCAAAUGGAAGUUUUAAAAACCAAGUUUAUCGAUUUUGAUGUUACAAGACCGCAAGUUUAUGAGCGUUUUAAUUUACUAAUUAAAAGACAUAGUUACCUCAUAAGAAUGGCCCGAGAACUUGCGGAUGCAAUUAGUUUUGUUUUAGUGAUACAAUUAUUUAUUAUCAGCGUACAGUUAUGUAUUACAGGAUUUCAAUUUAUUCUAGCAAUAAAAGUCAAUGACACUGUUAUGGCCACAAAAAGUAUAAUGGUACAGGGUACCUUUCUAAUACAAUUAUCGCUAUAUAGCUUUAUCGGGGAUUAUUUAAAAUCCCAAAUGGAAGAAAUAGGGCCUUCGAUUUAUCAAAACGUUUGGUACAACUUUCCUACUAAACUGAUGAAAGAUUUAAUCUUCAUUAUUAUGCGAACAGAAUGUCCUGUUACAUUACGAGCUGGAAAUUUCAUUGUGAAUUUUCUAAACAUAAAUUUCAAGAUGAUACAGGAUCAAUCUUGAGCAUGAUAAAGUUUUUC